AUGAGCGACAACAUGAACAUCGACAGCCCACAAAGGCAUAUGAUGACACCCAAUUCAGCAUCGUAUGGAGUAGGGGGUUCAGGUCCAUCUAGCGCGCAAGUGCCUGAAACACCUACCCCAGCCACCCGGAUAAGGGACCGCCCAUCGACGCCGUCCACAGUUAGGCCGGCAGCCAUCCAGCCCAUGGAGGCUCAGCCCACGCAGGCACCAUCCAUUGACAUCAGUUCAAUAGUUUCUUCGGUCACACAGCAGGUGAUGAGCGAGAUGAUUCGCCAGCAGGCGACAAUUUCUACUACUCUUUCAACGCAGUUGCGGGAAUAUGUGGAUACCCAGACCCAACAACAAGAGACCCGUUGGCAUGAGAUCCAGCAAUCCAUUUUGGGCAAUCAGACCCAACAACACCAAAGGGAACCGGAGCAGCCGGUCCAUCCCCCUACUGAGCAGGCUCAUCAACCUGAGUCGAACCGAAACCCAAGGGGCCACGCAACAGCACCCCAGACCCCAAAUCCUCCAAUGCAGGCUAUACCCUCUCCACAGCCUGUUAUUGAGCUAGAGCCGUACUGCAGCUACACAGUUCCCCUAGCACGGACCGGAUUGAACUAG